UAUGAGCCUGACGCUGGUGCAGAAUUUUUGUGUGUAAACCAGUGUAAACCAGCAAAUUGUCAUAUACUAUUGUUAUCAAUUACUUUUAUCCAUGUUUCGCUAACUUUAUGGUUGAUUUCUUGAAUUGUGCUAUCAUAAUCCUGUAGUGCGCGUAUGCUAGGCUCGGUAGCGGCCGUAGUAGCGUCGUGGUUCCGAGGACCGAAGUGAAUGCCCAACCAUCAAAUGUUGGAACAAAUCAACCUACAAACUACAAGCAGUUAUAGUACUUUUCUUUCUCCAAGCUGAUUCCACGUACCUACAUCCAAAAAAUACAAUAAUGGAUAGCAGAAAAAACAAAAUCAAGACGGAGAUUUUGCUGGAGUCUGCAGCUGGAGACUGCAGGAUUUCCUCAAGCCCAUCACUCAUCCUGGAAAAUGUGGCCGCAGUGCAAAGCCCACAGUUGUUGAACGAACCUCCAGAUAAUGAAGUCAUAAUGGUCUCAGACUUUAUUCAGUCCCCCAUUUUACUUGGUGACGUCCAUCAUUUGAACUCUGUUUCUGUCGGAUUCAACCCAGUCUCAUUCUUGAACGAUAAUACAACAUCUGUCACAUGGUGCAAUGACUCUGUCCUACCUCUACCUUCAGCGCAGCCAGGUCUCUACUCACACUUAAUCAAUGGCCAGAAAAUUGUACAAAAUGAACGUUCUCUCAAUGGUGAGACAUCGCUGUCUCUAGACAUCAUGUCUGAUUGUGUAAAAACAAAAAUCCUUGAGCAAGACUCAGUGACUCCUGAUUCAAUGCAGCCAUUAAUUUUAAUCACGGCUACCAUAUCUCAGCCGAAUAGUGUCCCGAAAGUGACAAGCAGUGUCAGUAGGACGAGUCUCAGCUCAAAAUCUAUGAAAGAAAAAUCGUCCAAGAGGAAAAAUUCAAGCAAAGUGAUGGAAAUGAAAAAGUCAUUAAAAAUGAAGGAGGAGUCUUCAAAUCCGGAUGACUGUCUGUCAUCUGUUUCAGAUGCAAGUGUCUUGAAUCAUAGUAACGAAAUAAUGAAUUCAUUACUUUUAAAUGGUGACAACUUAUCGAGCCUUUUCCCGAAUCCUUCGUCACUACAAACUUCAGACCUAUCAAGCUCUAACCAAAUUGAUCUCUCAAAUGCGGGCCUCAGCAUACAGACAUUUGAUCCCUCUAAAAUUGAUGGAAAAAAAUUUGUUUACAAGCCACUGGAUUGUGAUGCAACCUUGAUGGGUGCAGCCAAUUUUCCAAACGAUGAUACCCUGUUAGCUGCAAGUUUAGCAAAAUCCAAAACGCAUUACUCCACUCCAGGUCUCAAUAUCUACAUGAAUUCAAACUCGGAAUGUGUCGAUAAUUGCAUUAAAUCUGGUCUCAUUAAAUCGCCUUCCGUCACCUCAAAAACAAAUGCCUGGGAUAUUAAGUUGAAACAGAAGGAGACGUUAGCCAGCGAUAAAAUGUUCAUUAGUGCGGACUCAGAUCCUAUUCUUGAGUCCACAGAUAAUUUUUUAACAUCUUUAAAUUUGGGCUCAAGUCUAAAAUCAAUUGAUUUAUUCGAUGAUAAAAUUCAGUCAGACUCCGGUCUUAGCAUACCAGGGGCCUCAGUCAAAUUGAAAACUAACACAGUAGAACCAGAAAUAGAGAACAUGGAGUUAAAUGCGCUCCAUUUGGGCUCAAGUCCACCUGGUUACACAGCCCAGCUCCUAUCCCAAUUGUCUCAUGCCCACAGUCUCCCAUCAAUCUCGAGUAGCCAAGUUUCCUCAGUUUUCUCUGCGCUUGAGCACAGUGAGAAACACAUUGCAGCUGGAGAUCUAGUAUUGUCACAGAUGGAGAGCAUGAGCAAUAACCAGCCAAUCAAAGCAGAGAAUAUUCAAGAAAAUGAAGAUGAAGAUGUUAAAGUUGUUGAUGGGCCCGAUGAAAUUUUGGAUUACAAGCUGAAAACCAAAACCAAGGCGCCGCCACAAAAGUUUCAGCUAGUCAAGUGUGAAUUGAAUGGUUAUGCAUGUUACAAAUGUGGGCUGUGUCCCUAUCUAAGUAUGACCCAGCAAAGUGUCAUUACGCAUUUCCAGCAACAUCAAAGUAAGCUGUUAAGAAGAGCCAUUCGGUGUAUUGGGUGUAAAAAUCAAUUCUAUUCCAAAUUUUUAUUAAAGGCCCAUUUACUGCAAGACCAUGAGGUGUUAGUGGAUGAGCUUCACCCGAUUUUGGAUGCUGUUAUUGCUGCUAACAAACCUCAAGCAGUCACAGCAAGGCGCAAGCAAAGCAAGUUUUCUCUGAUAGCAGAGUCCAUUAUCCCCAAAGAGCCAGAAAUUAAUAUACCAUUGGCAACUACAUCAACAACCGUCCCUCAACCAGUGACAAUUAGUUCAUCAGUCAAUCUAGAAUCCGACAUGAUUGCUACCCCAUCGGAUCUUGUCAGCAUGGAUAUCCUCACCAGUCAGCCGAUGAUGGAACCUCUAGAACCUGUCAAACCUCUAGAACCACUGGAACCGCUCCAGCCGUCGCAACCCAUUCAGCCUCUUCACCCAAGUGACUCUGUAGUUGAGGAACCUAUAGCAACCAUCACCUCGUGGACGGAGCCCAUUGUUGAACCGCAUCCUCUUUCAAUACCACACCCAGAAGGAUCUAUGAGCAUUGAAGGAAUGGAAAUCAGCAACAAUAUUACCUCGAAUAUCAACGGCCACGGUAAAGUUGAAGGGGAGGAAAUUACUCUGGUGAAUUCUCUGUGUCAGGUAAAACCUGACACAGAGAAAAAGAAAGCCAAGAAAACAAAAGUGAGACCUGUGGCAAUAAAAAAACUUCUGAAUCAGGAAGAGAGUAGUGCCUCCUCUGGUCUCCUUAUACCUGGUAUCCCUCCGAUUCCUCCCAAGUUCAAGAAAAAUUCGAACAACGGUUUGAAGUGUGGUCUUGAUGGGUGUACAACUCGAUUUUCUGAUUCUAAAAAUCUUCAGCUUCAUCAUCAAUAUCAUGAUCUCGAGAACUCAACCUUCAAAUGUCUUGACUGUGAUCACAAAAACCCGGAUUGGAAUCGCUUUUCUCUCCAUCUUUGGCGCUCUCACAGUAUUAAUGUGGAUCUCUAUUCCUGUGCAUUGUGCAACUACAAAACUAGCAGUCGGAGUAUUUUGCUCAAUCUUCAUUACCGCAUCCAUGGUGAAGAGCGACCCUUUCUUUGCGAUCUGUGUGGAAAAGGAUUCAAAACAACAAAGCAGUUACGCAAUCACAAGGCAGUUCAUCGACUCAAAGCAAUUUCGGUGGCCGAAACUAAAGAAAUCUUGUGCAACAUCUGUGGCUGCAGUUUUUCCAACUUGAGAAAACUUCAACUGCAUGAAAAUAACAUCCAUAAAAAACUGAGACCGUAUCUGUGCAAUUACUGUGGACACAAGGCAUCAUCUAGGAGUUCUUUACGAAUGCAUAUCCGUCAGCAUACUGGUGAGAAACCUUUCAGCUGCAAUGAGUGUGAUUAUGUGACUGGUGACCACAACUCAAUGCGGCGCCAUAAAAUGAGGCACUCGGGAGCAAAACGUUAUAGCUGUCCUCAUUGUUCAUACGCAUGCAUUCAAUCGAACACCUACAAGUCACAUCUGCAGAGAAAGCAUCCAGGACUGGAUGAAGGACUCAUGUUUUGUUGUCAUCUGUGUUCCUUUGUGUCUGUAAAGAAGGAGAAUUUAAUGUCUCACAUGAUGGAGCACAAAGAUGACGAAAGUCAAAACGACUCUAAACUUACAAAUAAGGAGGAAUCCGAACUUGCAUUAAUGAAUGAAAGUGCUGACAAUAUGGAGUUCUCGAUGGAACAGAAAGUUGAAUGUAAAGUAAGUCAAAGUUAUUGAAGGUUUUGUCCCUUCUUUUUAAAAAACUCUGUAUAUUUCACGGCUGCCAGCGGUCUGGAAAACGAGGAAAGUCAGGAAUUCACACAAAAAGUCAGGGAAUGUAAUAAGUUAGCGUUUAGCAGAAGUGAGUGUAAUUUAAAGGAAAAAAAUCAAAGUGAAAGUCUUACUUGAUUGUCAGGAAAAGUGAGAGAAUCCAAAAAAUUUGUUGUCAGGGAAAAGCGAAAAUGGUCAAGGAAAAUUCAGGGAAUUUGAUGAUGAAGAAAUUAUGGCAACCCUGAUAUUUGCAUCCCAACAUGCUUUUAGGCAUCUGUUCCUGUGGCGCCAGAAAAUUAUGUACCUUAAAAAAGACUCAGAAUAAUUGAAAAUCUUUUAAAUUAGGGCCCAAAAAAUGUUUAGCUCUAAGUUUGCAUACAGUUGAUGUCAGUUUUCUUUGUUUGAUGUCAAUUUGGUGGUGUCUGAUCUCAGAGACCAAAGCAGUGUAGAACAUAUCAAUGGAUCUGUUGUGCUUCUCAUGGAAUCGUGAUUUGAUUUUUGAACUUCACAGUUUAGGCAUCAGUAAUAACAUGUAUUUAAUAGCUAAGUUUCUACAUCUUAUAUCAAUGGAGAUAUUGCGUCUUGAAAUAAAACUGUAUGCGACAUCAUCAUCUGCAAUUAUUUUUCGAUGAGUUUUCUUACGAUGCAUUCAGCAAUUAGUGAUACACAUAUUUGCACUAAAUAUUUCAAUUUUACCUUCGUUAGAACUAAGGUGGGAGCCAUGGUGUUCUCAUCUCAUGGAUGACUUCAAUCAUCAUGCUUCUCAAAGGGCAGUAUCCCACAAAUAUUGAAGGUAGAAACCUAAAGAUCAAAGUUGGUUUAAGGACCUUAAAUUGAAAUUGUAAGAUGAAAAAUUCAGUGUAAGCAUCACGUUUUCAGUGUGCCUCAAGUGCGAGCUUAAUAAGAGGAAAAUAAGAUGCAAACAAUAACUGAUCAGCAAUUCAAUGUGGAGAUACAAAAUUUGUCUAGUUUUCUGUCUCCUCCAAGGGCUUCAAGAAUUUUCCUCGUCAAGUUCAAAGUUGAAUGAAGCAUCAACCUCUAAACUGACAACUACUAAGUAAAAUUCAAAUAUAAUGUAUUUUAUAAUUUAGCCUUUGAAUAUUUUGACAAUCACCUCAAACAGAACUUGAUUAUUUGCUUUUUGGUCGUAGGAUCUUCAAAAUUAAUUCAUCGGAAGACUUUGCAUUGGCAGCUGAAUGGGAGAGAUCCCAAGACCACUAAACCACCAAUCACCUCCAUUCAUAUUUUACAAAUGUAACAGAUGCAUUGACGCUUAAUUGUAUGUGCGUCCAAAAUUUAGGUUUCAAUUUCUCCUGAAAACUUCUGUCCGUCCUCAGUCACUCUUUAAUUGCAAGCACUAGUAGUACGCUAAUCAUCGUGAACUUAUUCCCCAGAAUUGGUGCUCUCUUUGAACUCCUUCAAGUCAUGCACUCAGCAGUGAGGCGUCAAUGAUCGAUUAUCUAUGUUUCCGCAUUUGAAGCUAUGGUAAAAGAUCGAUUAUGAAGGUGUUCAUUGCAAACACCUUGUUUAUCGAACCUUUUCCGUAGGUUUAAAUGGCAGAUAAUUGGAUGUAUCGCAAAGCAUGCAACGCCACUGCUUGCACCCUCUCUUAAGUUGAAAUGAACCUCAUGAGCAGCUGUUUGGAGAAAAUUAAAUGGUCCGCAGUCUUCCCAUUUCUUUCUUUCUUUUAGACCUUCCAGAAAAGGAGUCAAACCUGCUUGAUAUGAAAACAAUGUGUAUCUAGCUGUGAUCACAUUCAUCAACCGUCAUUGUGUAUUGCUCAUUUAAUGCUAGCUAAUUCAUUGUGUUUUAAAGAGUUCCUCUCUUUAUUUAAUGUGUUCCUUUUAGGUUGAAUUUUUUGUUCUAUGUGCUGUGAUAUAGUUUGUAAGUUGUGACUCUGAUUUGAGUAAAAUUUUUAUACAUUUUCUCAUAUUAA